UCCUUGUUUCCGUUUGGGCGGAGUUUCUGGUUGGAGCUGGGAAUGUCCCCGGGUGAGGGAGACAGACAGACACACAGACAGACAGACACGUCGUUGGAAGAGAGAGGAUACCCACCUGUUGAACAGCAGCGGUCUGGUUUAAAUCGAUCUUUAUUUCACUCGUUUUUCCUCUGAGAGAUUCCGGGUCUGAGCCUUCAGGAUGACGGACGCUCUGUUACCAAACGGCAUCAAAGACAGCGGAGGAGACGGCACUUAUUUCAGAAAAGGUUGUAACCCGUUCGCCCAGACUGGACGAAGCAAACUUCAGAAUAAACGGGCCAGUGUGAACCAGCAGAUCAUCAAACAGAUGAGGAUGAGGGCUGGAGCUGAGAACCUGCUGAAGGCUACACCUAACAACAAGGUCAAAGAGAUGGUUCUGUUGGAGUUGAGCUAUGUUAACUCCAACCUACAGCUACUGAUGGGACGGCUUGAAGGACUCAACAGCUCAGUGGAGGUCUACCAGAACACCCAGGAGACAGCCAACAUCCCCCUCAUUGCUCUGGGUCUAAAGGAGACAAAAGACAUUGACUUUUCCACUCUGUUCAAGGACUUUAUCUUGGAGCACUACAGUGAAGACGGGAACAGCUGAGAUGAGAUUGCUGACCUGAUAGACCUGCGACAGGCUUGCAGAACGCCAAGUCGAGAUGAGGCUGGGGUGGAACUGCUGGCGAAAUACUUCAGCCAUCUCCCUCUGAUGGAGAGCCGGUUCUUCUCCCCAUCCCGCCAGACUGGCAUCUUCUUUACCUGGUACGACUCUUUUACAGGAGUGCCCCUAUGCCAACAGAACCUCUCACUGGAGAAAGCCAGUGUCCUCUUCAACAUGGCCGCCCUCUACUCUCAGAUUGGUACCCGUAGUGACCGACAGACAAUAGCUGGCCUGGAGGAGGCCAUCUCUUCCUUCCAGAAAAGUUCAGGUAUCCUGAACCACCUGAAAGAGACACACACCCACACUCCCAGCUACGACAUGAGCCCAGCCAUGCUCAGUAUGUUGAUUCGGAUGAUGCUUGCUCAGGCUCAGGAGUGCCUGUUUGAGAAGACUGCACUGCCUGGGAUCCGAAACCAGUUCUCUUCCCUGAUGAAAAUGGCCCAGGAGGCUGCAAAGGUCUCAGAAAUCUACGACCAACUCCAUCAGUCCAUGAUCCAGACGCCAAUCAAAGACAAUGUCCCGUUCUUCUGGUCCACCAUGUCGCAAGUCAAAACCAACCACUAUAGCUCCAUGGCACAUUACUUUGCAGCCUCAGCGCUCCUGGACCACCAGUUGAGUCUCAGCGACGAUGAGGACCAGCAGGAGAAGACCUUGUCACAGGUCUAUGAUCGCCUUCCUGAGGGACGUUCUCCUCUCGACAUCCUGAAAAAGAAAGAUGAACGUGAACGCAUUGGUAAAGCACACAUUCGUCGGGCCAUACUGGGUCAUGAGGAGGCUCUAAGGAUCUUUGGUUUGUGCCAGCACUUAAACAAGCUGGAGGCCCUGCAGGAGAUUUUAAAAGCCAGCCACCAGCGCUCGCUCAACAAGUGCAGUGAAUAUGAAGAUGAGGAAGAGUUUGCGGACUACACGGAGGCCCCAGACAUCAUCUCUAAAACAGAGCACAAAGCAGAGAUGGAGGUUCCUGCAACCACAAAGGUGAAAGUCACAGACUUCUUCCAGAGGCUGGGCCCUCUGUCAGUCUUCUCAGCCAAGCAGCGGUGGACAGCCCCACGGACAAUACAUCUUUGCCCUAAAGACCGAGACCUGGGCUUCACCCUGAAAGGGGAAACACCAGUCCAGGUGGUUUCGUUGGACCCCCUCUGCACAGCUGCUGCUGAUGGUCUGAAAGAGAGUGACUACAUUGUUGCCGUGGGCGACACAGAUUGCAAAUGGAUGGGCGUGAGCGAUGUGAUGCGGCUGCUGAAGGAUGUGGAUGAGGAAGGGAUUGACAUCCAGGUGAUCAGCAUCAUGGACAGCAACCCACCAAUGCCUACCAAGAGUGCCACCUUCUGCGGAAACCUGCCUAAAACCUACUCCAUGAUUUGUCUGGCCUAUGAUGAUGACGACAAGAACCCCAAGUCCCGCAAAGUAACCAAGAAGCCAUCCUUCCUCAGCUGGGGUCUGAAGAACAAGCUGAAGAGCGCCAGCACCCUCAGCCUUCCCACUGCUGACCACUCCGGGGGGCUUCCCUGGAAUAAACCCUGUCCCACGUUCCCCAGCUCCAGCACCUACAACGACAGUGCCCUCUACUGA